AAACCGGAACGCAUAUCUUGAUUGAUUUGUUGUUUCUCUGUUUGUGAAUGAAUUUGGUUUACAUGGUUCAAAAAUAUUGCGGUUUAUAUGAUCAAAAUGAGUGAAAAUAUUGAACCGAUUAAGCUUGAGCUCACGCUUCAGCUUCACCAUGUAUUUUGCUAACAGUUUCUAGAGACAGAAAGGAAAGUGCUUUGUUUCUGGAACUACAAGGUGCCUGCUGGAUUUAAUUCAUACUGAAUUUUAUUUGGUGGCCAUGGAUUUUACUACUUUAGAAAGAAUGGGGCAUUUCUUUGAUGGAAGUAGGCGUGCGGAUAGUGGGCGUGAUCCUCCGUCUGAUAAACUUCCUUCUGCACCCGCUGUUCUGGCUGGCGUCCGCCCGAGGCCCGAAGCUGCGGGUACCUCCACCGAAGCCCUUGCACCUCCGAAGCGCCACCGAUCUAGCCCGAGCCGUCAAAGAUGGAGAGAUGACAAGUGAAGAACUAGUGUCAGCUUUCAUCGAGCGUGUCAAAGAGGUUAACCCGAUCCUCAACGCCGUAGUCGGCGAGAGAUAUGCAUUAGCUCUCGCGGAAGCAAAGGAGGUGGACCGACAGAUAGAAGUGGCGAGAAGAAAUGGGAAGUCUCAAGAGAUCUUCCAGAAGAAACCGCUGCUGGGUGUUCCUUUUACGGUCAAAGAGAGCUGUUCUCUUGCUGGUAUGUCAAACUCCGUCGGCUGCCUGGAGAACGCCGGGAGCCGCGCCACGACCGACGGAGCAGCUGUCAGACUGGUCAAAGAAGCUGGUGCUAUACCCCUGCUAGUAUCCAAUACUCCAGAGCUCUGCCUUGGGUGGGAGACGACUAACCUGCUCAACGGGACGACGAAUAAUCCUUAUUGUGUUAGUCAUACACCGGGCGGAUCAUCGGGUGGAGAGGGCGCUCUGCUGGCGUGCGGUGCAUCAGUAUUCAGCGUGGCUUCAGACAUCGCUGGCUCCAUUCGGCUGCCGGCAGCUUUCUGUGGCGUUUUUGGACAUAAGCCUACACCAGGUAUCAUCCCAAUAGAAGGCCACAUCCCCACCCUGAAUGACGAGAACUACCCCAAAUUCCUGACAGUCGGGCCCAUGACCAGAAAAGCAGAAGAUUUACCCCUCCUCCUCAACAUAAUGGCUGGAGAAAACAGAAGCAAGUUCAGAUUGGACGAGCCAGUGGAUAUUAACAAGCUUAAGGUGUUAUACAUGACGGAAGCAACAGACGCAAUACCGCUGAUGCCGGUGCACGGCGGCAUCAAGCAGGCCGUGCGCGCCGCCGCGCGGUACCUGGGCGAGUGCGGCGCCGCCGUCAGCCAGGAAAAGUUUGAAGAGCUGGAAAACUCGGUGGAAUUAUCAAUAUCAGUAUUCUUUUCUAUGAAAGAUAUACCGAACAUGCUGCAAGACCCGACUAAUCCGAAGCGUCAACGCAGCCUCCUAGUAGAACUACUAAAACACAUAGUCGGUGGUGCGACACGCUCGCUCCAAGCAUUGGGAUUCACUCUCAUAGACAAAACCAACUUAUUUAUACCUGAACAUCGGCGGAGCCAUUACUGCGAGAGGGCAGACAAACUUAGAGAACACAUAACGCGGACCCUAGGCACGGACGGAGUAUUCCUGUACCCAGUGUUCACUGGCCCUGCUCAUCGCCACCAUGAAGUAUUCUCCAGAGCAUCGGGGGUGCUCUACACCAUGCUGUUCAACGUGCUCGGGCUGCCCGCCACCGCCGUGCCUGUGGGGCUGUGCGGGGACCUGCCACUCGCCAUACAGGUGAUCGCGGGCCCGAAUCAAGACCGCUUGUGCAUAGCGGUCGCUAAACAACUGGAGAUCGGCUUCGGGGGAUGGAGGCAUCCCAGACACUAGGCCAAGAUUCACGCAAAGCGACUAGAAUACAACUACGACGACAUAAAGGAAUAACUACAAGAUACAUCAUUAUUAUAGCCUGACUAACCAAUUUGUGUGGAGAAAAAGGCGCGAAAUUUCAAAUGUUGCAUGAGAGAUAGAUCCCGGCUAUAUUUUCUUUGGCGCCAUUCUACUGACAAAAAUGGUUUGUUAUCAAAUCUAGCAUUUAGCACGUGAUAAACCUAAAUUUAUUAUUAAGAAAAAAACGUAGCUAAAGCCCCUCUUACAUGUGGAGUUUUACAAAAAUUAGCUUUGCAUAUAAAUUAGCAUUGACAACUAUUUAGUUUUAAAAUUUUAUGAUAAUACUUUCGAAUUUAAACUGUUGUGAGACAUACUAACAUUGAAUAAUUUAACGGUUUAGACUCACUUGUUUUAACCACAACACAGUACACACACACACACACAAUACGCGAUACACGGCCGUCGUGAACGCUGCUCGCACUGUUAGUGCUUGAGAAAUGAGACCUAGACUCUCCGAAACAUGUCA